GGCUGAGGGGGCCUCUGGUCAUGGGGGAUAUGGGAGAGGAGGCUGAGCCUCAACAGCAGCUUCAUGUAAAACAACCCUCUCCCCUUCAGACAGUGUCUUGGCUUGAUGCUGCCCCCUCUGCCCUGGAGGAGUGUUUGCAGUUUGUCUCUUAUCCGCAGCAGUUGAAGACCCUGCUCCAGCACUGCAGAUGUCUGGGCCAUUUUGACACAGAUGGUGGAGACAUGAAGUCAGAAACAGUAAUGGACAGCAGAGAUUUUACAGGAGUGCAGCUGGGAUCAAUUCUGAACAGAAAUGAAGACAUAGAGGAGAGAAUGGAGAGGAAGAGUGGAUAUGGGAUGAACAGUGAAGAAAAAGACAUAUUAUCUAACAUAAAGGAGGAGGAGGAAGAGGGAGCUGGAGAGCAGCAGAGUGAAAUGAAGAGAGAGGAUGGUGUGAGAGAUGAAGAGGACAAGGGACUCUGGAGGGAGGGCCAAAAAGAGAGUGAUGAAGAGAUGGAGAGAGAUGAACCUGAUCAGAGAUCCCAAACUGAUACAGAGUUGAAGAACGGAGGAAAAACUUUCACUUCCUGUCUGCUGCAGCAGCCAAGAGUGCUAAUUCAGCGACUCAGUGUCUCCCUUCCUCUGACUGGUUCUGUGGCCAGCAAAGCAGACCAGGAAGUGAGUUUUCCAUGUACGCGGGAUAAGAACCCAUUUGUGACCCAGAAGUGCAGCAUGGUCAGCAUCCCAGCAGAGUCAUCAGAUAGAGGGACCUGUGCUGAAGACUCCAUCCGUGCUUAUUCCCCCAUGAAAGACAAAACGGGUGAUGAAAGUUUUCCUGCUGUUCUCUGAAUCGCAGCAGUGUAGAAGUAAUGUGC